CGUCGCAGUUCAGAGCAUUUUCUGUGAAGAAGGAGAAAGAGCCGGAACUGGAGGACAAUCCAUAUUAUAAUAAAUAUCGGGAAAAGAUCAGAAAGCUAAGGAGUGUAGUACUAGCUUGCUAUCUGAACUAGAGACCUUCACGGGUCCACCCCAACCUGAUGACACAGGGUUCCAAAAUCUGAAGUUGACACUUGGAGUCCUGUUUGGUGGCCACACACCUCAGGUUGGGUGGGGAUUCUGCAGGUCUCAUUUCUGAGACCCAAGAAGACUUCUAAUCUGAACUUUCUACUACUUGUGCCAAACCGCAGGAGUUCAAUGCUCGGCUCGAGAAGCGAAAUGAAAUUAAACGGGAGCCACUCGGACACUCUAAACAAUCAGAGUUCGUCAAACUGAUGGAGCAGGAGUUAGAGAAGCGUGACAACCAGGCUGAUGGUUCAGGCAGAUUCACCAAAGACAAGACCCUAGGAUCUAUCCUGAACUUGGACUUGAUCCAGGAUAAGUCAGGAGAAGAAAUUGCAGAGCUUUGGAGGCAGUAUUAUGCCACAAAAGACACCAUAAGCGCGGUCAUACCAGCCCACGUUUUUGAAGUGAUUUUCAACAGAGCUAAGUGCAACCCUGUGUUCCUGUAUGCGUUACCCCAAAAGGAGGGCUAUGAAUUUUUCCUGGGGCAGUGGUCGGACCACGAACUGCAUUUCACGUCCCUGAUCAAUGUCCAGACCAUGGGAGAGCACGCCCCCAGUCAGUUGAUCCUCUACCACUAUUCUGACCUGCAGAAAGACAAGGGUGUAGUGCUCAUGACUGCCGAGAUGGACCCUAAAUUCAUGACAGUACAUCUGGCUCAGUGCUUGGCCAAUCAGGUGCAGCUGUUCUACGGAACCCAGCGGCAGGAGAUUUUUAGAUUGGUGGAGACCUUCAACCACAAACCAGCUGACUUUAAACACAUGGCAGUGAUUGCUGAGUUGGAACAGAGUGGCGUCAAUCCUGCUCUCACCUCUGGGAACUAGAUCAAGAGUUGUCAGACAGUGAAAUGUUGCUCCAAUUUACCAAGGGAUUGGCACAUGGUCAUUCAUUUGGCGCCAAUCUUGCGUUUGCGAGAAUGACGUCUUUUGCUUGGCACUAAUGACCUGGUUGACCAGAUGCAUCAGUCAAGAUUUAUGCUAAAUUCCCGGGCAUUGAUGAUGUAAUGAAUCAAUGUUAUUUAAUCUUAUCAAAGCCUUAAAUGUUAUUUUUCACCUCUCCCCUGUCCAUCUUACUGUUGUACAGUAGUCUCAUAUUCCUGUCAGAACCCAGCCUACAACCCACAACCCACUCUAUACUGUACAUAGGCCUCUGGUCAAAUGUAAUGCACUAUGACCCCUUGUGGAAGGUAGUGCUCUAUACACAGAAUAGAGUGCCAUUUCGUGUAUGGUGUUCCCCUUCCAAAUAUUAUUGUUAUUUUUAGAUAGAAUAACUGCAGGAAUUUGGUUUUCAAAACAAUGGAGUGUACAAUGGAGGUUUCGUACAUAACUAUAUUUGUACAUAUAAGUAAACUCAGCAAAAAAAGAAAAGUC